CCGGUUGGGACCGGAAGCGGGUCGGGAAGCGGGAAGGGGCUUUGAGGGGGGAAGAGGGGGCGGCCAUGUCGGAUACCUGGAGCUCCAUCCAGGCCCACAAGAAGCAGUUGGAUUCGCUGCGGGAGCGGCUGCAGCGGCGGAGGAAGCAGGACCCGCUCGACCCGCGACACACCGACCCCUCUCAGCCCCCCCCUCCCCUCCCCACCCACCCUCCCCCUUUCCUCCCCCCUGGUUCUGUUGGAAGCUCCAUUCCCACCCCUGGGGGGGUUGGGGGGGGCUCUACAAACCCCUCUACGGAUGGGGAGGGUCCCGAAUUGGCCCCCGACCCGGCCUUGGAGCGUCGGUUGCUGCUUCAUCUCGCCGACGUCGCCCUCACUUUGCCCACCGACGCCGGAGCAAUCCGGGGGGCCAUCGAUACGCCUGAGACGCCGGCGACGCAGCGCAUGGUGGAAAGCCUCCUCCAGAAGUUCGCUGCUCAGGAGCUGAUCGAGGUGCGCCGUGGGCUGCUGGCAGAAGGUCCCACCAUCGUCACCUACGCCGACCACUCCAAGUUGGCGGCCAUGACAGGUGCUGAACGCGGCGGGGACGGUGACGCCGACGUCACCGGAAGGAAACGUCGAGCAGAACAGGACAAUUCCGGCGGGGUCGGCGUCGCCGGGACGGAAACGGGGAAAGAAAUGGUGAAAAAAUCCCGUAAGCAGGCAUCCGACGUGGACCUGGAGAUUGAGAGUUUGCUCAGCCAGCAGUCCACCAAGGAGCAGCAGAGCAAAAAAGUGAGCCAGGAGAUCCUGGAGCUGCUGAACACCACCACGGCCAAGGAGCAGUCCAUCGUGGAGAAGUUCCGCUCGCGGGGCCGGGCUCAGGUGCAGGAAUUCUGCGACCACGGCACCAAGGAGGAAUGCAUCAAAGCUACCGGAGCCGACCGGCCUUGCAGGAAGCUGCACUUCCGUCGCAUCAUCAACAAGCACACGGACGAAUCCCUGGGCGAUUGCUCCUUCCUCAACACCUGCUUCCACAUGGACACCUGCAAAUAUGUCCACUAUGAGAUCGAUGCUUGCACCGAGCCCACCGGCGAGGCCACCGCGCCACCGGGCCGCGAGCACGGCCAGGAGCUGGCCAGGCCACAGCCCGACGCCGGGGCCGACCGCCUCUUCCCUCCCCAGUGGAUCUGCUGUGACAUCCGUUACCUGGACGUCAGCAUCCUGGGCAAGUUUGCUGUGGUGAUGGCCGACCCUCCGUGGGACAUCCACAUGGAGCUGCCCUACGGCACGCUGACCGACGACGAGAUGAGGCGUCUCAACAUCCCAGUCCUCCAGGACGAGGGCUUCCUCUUCCUCUGGGUCACCGGCAGGUGAGCCUCACGCCGUGACCUCCUCCUGGGUUGUCCCCUCCCUUCUUGUUGUCACCUUCCUCGGUUGUCCCCUCCUUCCGUUGUCUCCCUCUCGGUGGUUGGUGGUGGUCCUCCUUGGUGUCUUUCUGUGUCCGCUUUGGUUGUCCUCUCGUGGUCCUCCUUGAUGUCCUCCUCAGUUGUCCUCUCUGGUUGUCCCCUCUUUCUUCUCCUUGAUGUCCUCCAAGGUUGUCCCCUCUGGUUGUCCCCUCUUUCUUCUCCUUGAUGUCCUCCCCAGUUGUCCCCUCUGGUUGUCCCCUCUUUCUUCUCCUUGAUGUCCUCCAAGGUUGUCCCCUCCGGUUGUCCCCUCUUCCUUCUCCUUGAUGUCCCCCUCAGUUGUCCCCUCUGGUUGUCCCCUCUUUCUUCUCCUUGAUGUCCUCCUCAGUUGUCCCCUCUUUCUUCUCCUUGAUGUCCUCCUCAGUUGUCCCCUCCGGUUGUCCCCUCUUUCUUCUCCUUGAUGUCCU